CACCAAGAAUCGCAGAUUCUCCCGAUCUCAUUUCCCGCCAAUUUCCACUAUCUCUGUUCAGUACCGCACGUUCUCCGAUAUGGUGAAGAUCGUGGAUCUUGAUGAUGUAGAGCAACAGUUUCCUGACUAUCCUGUACGCGACGAUAAGGUUUCCGGAGCUCCGACUAGCAUAGAGCGCGACACUCAGCCAGCGCGCCUUAGCGCCGCCGUUACCACCGCUCUUCCGAUCCUCGAUACUGAUGUUCUUUUCGAUCAGCACCAAUCGUUGUGGGAAAUGAGUGUCGGUAUUCAGAAUGGCAUCUUGUACCAUGGUGUGCUCAGGAUUAAUGAACAAAAUCUGUCUGAAGGAUUUGUUCUAUGCCGCUUUGGUAUUGAGAUGAUGAUAGCGGGAGAUAGAAAUAUAAACCGCGCUCUUCACGGUGAUAUGGUGGCAGUACAGCCAUAUAAUCAUGGAAAAGAUGAUGAACAACAUGGUUUUUUGGAUGCUGAUAAAGUUCAUGCAACCAUGUUUCAACCUCUUGUUCCUGCUGCUCCAAAGCGCAUUUUUGGCUGUGUUGUUGGGAUUCUUAAGCGUGCACGGCAUAUAUAUCGUGGAUCUGUGAUGCUGAUGGCUGAGCCUGCUGGAAGUGGUGCUGCGGUUCUUGCUAUGUUUAUCCCAGCAGAUGCUAGGAUUCCCAUGUUCCGAAUUCAGGCCCAACAGAUUGAAUGUCGUGAGGAGAAAAGACUUGUUGUGGUGCUUGAUUCUUGGGGUUGUUCAUCUCAGUAUCCUUCUGGGCACUGUGUACGGAACAUAGGACAGAUUGAUAAGGAUAAAACUAUAGAACUGCCAAAGGACCUUGUGAGGAAGAUCUUACUCCACCUGCCAACAUUUGAGAUAGCUGUACGUUGUAAGGCUGUUUCUCGUUCCUGGUCUGCAAUGAUAUCUGAUCCUUGGUUUGUUGGAGCUUUGCUGUGCCGAGGGAAUAGAAGAAUUUCAUCCAAGGAGUUCCCUAGGAUAGGAGAUGAAUUUCUAUCCAACGUGGCUGUUUACUCCUCGACCCGGUUCCCUCAUAUGAUGCUAUCAACCCUUUUUUGGAAAGACUACAAAGGUUACAUGUCUUUAAAUGAGAGGUUAUAUAGAGAUUUUAUGAUCGAACAGUUCACCAAAGUAUGUGAGUUCCAUCAAACGAUGUGUGAGACUAUAGAGCUAUUUGGGAGGAAUCUGACUGGUUGGGUAGCAUAUAUAACUGAAAGUCAUCGAUUUGGGAUGGAUUCGUCUUUAAUGCAAAUAGAUGGCAUUGAUGUACUCCUGCAACAGAGUAUCUGCACUUAUGGAUUUGAUAGUUUGGCGGAUGAAACUGAUGAAAAGGAUCUGCUCCUGAGGAUUAAAUGUAGAAGAGAUGAACUAGAAUUGUUAAAGAAUGCCAAAAUGACAUUAUACCAACAAUUUGUUGAACAUGAUCUGCAGAGACUUGAAUUAGAGUAUGAAGAUUUGAGAGCAAACAAAGAUGAAGCAUAGAAAGUGCCUCCCUUCAUGCUCACAAGUACAUUGGUCUUGUAAACUGUUGAACUUGCUUUCACUGUGUAUAAUGUAGUUUCUUGAAUUGGUAUGUGGAUGUGGUAUUGCAAACUGAGGUUUGGGAAAUAACUACACAAAUUGCAAACUAAGGUAGUUUCCAGUUAGCUGUGUUACUUUCUGGUGUUCCUUUAUUCCUGUAACUUGUAACUGGUGAC